AUGCCGCGACGAGCACUGCCAUGGGAUACUGAAGAGACGGAGAAGAAGCCGAAGCAGAAGAAGGCCUCACCGCCGCCCAGGCGCAAAGAACCCACCGCCAACUCAGGCGACGACCUUGUCGACUCCGACCUUAACCCCAUCCAUCCACCCUCCCCCGAGCCGAAGAAACCCAAAGAGCGCCCCGACCGUUCACCCUCUACGUCUCCCGCCCCCGCUCCGCCUGCCGUCGUCUACAUGCGCGAAGGCUACGCCGCCGACGACGCCUGGCGCAUGGUCGAGGACGAGUUCUACACCACCGCGCAGACCUUUACGCAACACAUCCACCGCGCCGAGUACGUCCGGCUUAGAAAGCUGGCGUGUUCGCGAGGCGCGCAUGUGUUGAAGGGAGUCACGCACGGGACGGAUGGGAGGACGAAGAAGAGCGAUGAGGUCAGAUUGAAGGGGGAGGUGGAGGAGCGGGCGCAGAAGAGGAGGGAGGUGGUGGGUGGGGAGAGUAGUGAGGAGGAAGACGAGGAUGAGUACAUGCAUGAUCCGUUGCUGGCGGUGUUGAUGACGAAGGACAAGGGGAUGGCGAGGGAUCUGGUGAGUGUGAGGAGGGGAAGGGCGAAGACGAGGGCGGCGGCGGGAUUUGAGCAGAGUCCGAGGAAUGUUGAGAGGAGGAGGGAUCUGGUGGGUGAAAGGGAGACAUCACCGCCGCGGUUUGAUCUGGCUAAGGCACGAAGGCCAGCGGGUGGAGAGGCUGCCAAGCAAGAGAGGUACAGACAGGAACCGCCAAGGCAGGAAGCGCCUUCGUCGGACGAUGAUGAAGACGGUCUCGAUGCUCCACCAGUCCGUACAGCUCGGCCUACGUACGCAAAGGCGGACAAGCGGCGGGCUGAAUCCGCUGCCCCUGGUACGGCCUCUAAGGACACGAACGGCGUCAAGCGCGAAGAUCGCAAGGAGAGCGAGUCGGUCUUCAAGCAGUUUGCCAGGCCCAAGGCGGAGUCAUCGCGAAUCGCGCCUCCGACCUCACGCCGCCGGCAUGAGCAAGCCGCUGCCGCUUCUAAGCUCACCAAGACACCCGGCAUGUUCGGAGAGACCGACAAGAACUCUGGCACUAAGAGUGCUGUCUCUGACGACGCUGCGACUCACUACGCCAAGUACAAGGCCGACAAGGAGAAGAAACAGCAGGAGCAGAAGCGCAAGGCCAAAGCAGCGGACGAGAUUCCCACGUUCCUCUUCUAG